AUGACCCCGACCGACCGAGCUACGACUCCGAACGAGAGCGCCCAGCUCGAACAAUUGAGCGAACGGAUGCAAGGACUAGCUAUCCAGACAUCCGUAUACGAUAAAGUUGAUGUUACCCUUUGGGGACAAGACAUCAAACCUGACGAGGAAGAUGAGAUCGCAGUUACGACGUACGCCGCUAGGUUCAUGUCCAAUGCCCAAUUCGAACGCCUAGAAGGAGACGACAUCCUUGACCAUUUUCAACAACACUUCGAAGGCUGGAACCAAGACAUAUGGAACCGGGUACAUAUGGACUACAAGAGAGCCCUUAGAUUACUUCUAAGGAGACGUGGCAUCUAUACAGGACGGAAAAAUGGCCCUUUUGCACCCCAAUUCAUCAUGUUGCAAACUGCGGAGGACCGACCUGCAUGGCCAGAACGAGAGUACAUGGAGACCGAUUUUGACAUUGGGACAACCGCUCAUAAGUUACGAGCAGCAGGAUCAAAGGCUCUAACUUCUCCCCGAGGACCCCAAUCGCCGCCGGUAGCAACAUCUCGUUACGAUCUUAACGAACAACAGCCCAUUAAGACCUUAACGAAGCCACCUGCCCAGGAACCCAUCACUGAGGCACUACCGAUAACAACAUCACCUCCCGACUUCCGCUCCGACCCAAGAUGCCCUUGA